AUGGAGGAGAUUUUGGCUGGAUUGCGUGAAAGUGGGGUCCGAUAUUUGUUGGCUUCGCGUGAUGGGUAUCUGACUUCAAUUGCACGUGGCGGUGGUGUUGGUGCCGAUGAUGAGAUAGGUGUACCCAUGAUUACAUUUCCAUUUUAUUUUGAUCAAAUUCCAAACAGAAAACUGAUUGUAGAUGAUCUAAAAGUUGGAACCAAAGUCACAAACGAGUUUGGAGCAAAAGCUGUGGUCAAAAGGGAUGAAGUUGAAAAGAUUGUGAAGAAGUUCAUGAACAUAAAUGAAGCAGCAGAAGAUAAUGUUAGUGAAGCUAAGGAGAUGAGAAGAAGAUCAAGUGAACUCAAGGAGAUGUGUAGAAGAGCAUUGGCUAAAGGUGGUUCAUCCGACACCAACAUGGACGCUUUUAUCCAAGAGAUCCUUCAAAUCCAUGGUAACUAUUAG